CAUGUUUGUCCCCUCUGUUUUAGCCCCUUGUAGGUAGUAAAGAAACAUAUACAUACAGACACAUACACGCAAUUAUUUUCUUUCUCCGACAUCGGUUUUGGAUUAAUAUAAUUUAUUCCUUUUUACACAUCUGUUGGGUUUACAAUUAAUUUAAGCCCGUCUUUGCGGAAUGCCUAUUUGAUUACUUUGCUUUGCCACUUGUGUAUUUAUUGACCUCAUUUUUUAAGCUUACAUACCACCCAUUAAACCAUAUCCAUAUUUCAUAACAUUGAAAAAGUAGCACAUAGGUUUGUCUGCAAAAAUAUGUUUGCAACUUAAAGAGGAUUCUGUUCGCGACAACUAUCCUAGGGUAAGUUGAACAUAUAUUUACUCUGAUUAUUCCGCCCCCACUUGCAAACAAAGUGCUGUACUAUCCAAGACAAGGAACUGAACCACAAUAUAUUACAGUCAGAGAUAUUCCUUAGAUUUUGACAAUUCAUUAAGGAUGAAUAUGGAGGACGUUAAACUCUUGGAUUCGUCCAACAACACAACUGUUUUCACCAAUCUGGAUCCCGUGACGCAGACAUACACUGUUGUGAAACCUUUGGGCAGUGAGACAUUUACUCUACAAAGACUUUAUCACUGUGACAUAUGCGGUAAAUCUUUCAGUUCUAACCUUAAUCUAACGGAACACAGGAGAUUUCACACGGGGGAAAAACCUUACAAAUGCGAUAUUUGUGGCGAUUCUUUUUUUUCUAACGAUGUGUUAGUCGGACACAAACGGAUGCACGCUGGAGAAAAACCAUUCCAUUGCAAAACAUGUGGUAAGUCUUAUGCCAAUAAUAGCGAUUUGAUUCGACACAAACGAAUACACACGGGAGAAAAACUAUUCCGGUGUGAAACUUGUGGGAAGUCCUUCACCAAGAAUUCGGGACUUGUUACCCACGUACGUAUUCACACCGGAGAAAAGCCAUAUACUUGUGACAUUUGCGGGAAAUCAUUCUCUCAGAAUUCCGUUCUUGGGGUUCACAAAAGGGUACACACAGGAGAAAAACCAUUCCUCUGUGAAAUAUGUGGAAAGUAUUUUAUAAACAACAGUGCCUUAACUACACACCAAAAAACACACGCUGCAGAUAACUCUAGCUCUGAGAAAGACGCUUAAAAAUUGUUUGUUAAUAGUUGUCAUCGGCGGGAUUCUGGUUUAACCCUUUAGUGUUCAGAUUAUUCUAUCAAACAUAAUGCUUAUUGAUUCCCAUUGAUUU